AUGUCGAAUAUAGCCUCAAGGUCUGAUCAGAUUGGCGAUGUAGCUUCACCUCAGCCAACGCCGUCGCGAUACUGGACCGAUCCAAGAGUGCUCUCAGAGUACCUUCAACUGAUAUUUAAUGCUGUAGUAGUAUCCGGUGUUCUCUACUUGUGCGUCAGGUUUGUGCAGCUGAUAAACCGAGAUGUAGACAAGAAGCUACAGGUCCAAGCAGCAGCAGCAGUAAGGACAGUUGUGGAAUGCAGAAAUAAAUACGUUAAAAAUCGAUGUCAGCCUGAUCAAAGAGCGCCAUGGCUGGAAUCGCAGUGUCUGUACUGGUCUCGAUGCAUGAAUCAAGAGGUGCCCGAGGCCACGGACCCUCAACGCUCAGCCGUAGUAUGGGCUGAAACGCUGGCCGAGAUAAUAAACGGAUUUCUCAAGCCCAUAAGUGUGAAAUCGCUAAGCAUCCUUCUAAUCAGCACAUGCGGAAUCAUCAUUGUUUCCAACAUGGCUUUCAAAACCUACAGAGUCAGCUACGAACCGAUCACUACCAGCAUUGGCAGAAGUGGACUAAACACUGCGGAAUCACCGCGUCUAAAUAAUUAG